AUACCACCCCCCCUUCCGUUGCCUGAACGAACCCCCAUCCCUUCCCCUCCCUUCUUUCUCCUCGCCUCGUCCCCGUCCCAUCCCCGCCGCCAUGGACCCGUCCGGUGGGCCCAACGCCGCCGCCCUCUACGAUGCGCGCCGACGACGAGGCUCGGUCGGAACGUCGCAGCUGUUCGACAACAUUGUUUCGGCGUCCAACUUCGACCGCGACGAGGUGGACCGACUUCGCAAGCGCUUCAUGAAGCUGGACAAAGACAGCUCGGGUACCAUUGAUCGCGACGAAUUCCUUUCCCUUCCGCAGGUGUCAUCCAACCCGCUCGCAACGAGGAUGAUCGCCAUUUUCGACGAAGACGGCGGCGGUGAUGUCGACUUCCAAGAGUUCGUGUCGGGUCUAUCAGCAUUCAGCUCCAAGGGCAACAAAGAGGAGAAGCUGCGGUUCGCGUUCAAGGUGUACGACAUCGACCGGGACGGAUACAUCUCCAACGGCGAGCUGUUCAUCGUGCUGAAGAUGAUGGUCGGCAAUAACCUCAAGGACGUGCAGCUACAGCAGAUCGUCGACAAGACGAUCAUGGAGGCCGACAAGGAUCAGGAUGGCAAGAUCAGCUUCGAGGAGUUCACCGACAUGGUGGAGAAUACGGACGUUAGUCUGAGUAUGACGUUGAGCCAAAUCUAGCCCCUUCUUUUUCCCGCUUUGCUCUUCGCUUCUGUCGGGUUGUUUCUGUAUUCGCUCUCGCGGCUCCGGAACUAGCCUCGACCGGAUCGACUUUCCCCGACUGUGAUCGAUUUGAUCUACUAUUUCGACCUUGAUAUGAUUAUGAUAGCGAUGAUGACCUACCACCUACGGACAUGUAGUUUAAAGAGGGUGCUUUUGACUGUUUCUUUUAUUCUACUCGUGAUCCUGCUUGCUUGCUUGAUGAAUGAUUGUCACAGGCAUUGACAGACCUGGCAAUUAGCAUGACACUUAUCUACCCACCUACCUACUUGCUUAUAUUCUGCACAUAACCUAGCCUAUCAAAUAUUUACAAUCUCGAGAAAUCAC